GAGGGGCCUCUCGCUGCGGGAAUGAAGAGCGGCGCUGUGAUUGGCUGUACGGCGUCUCCUAGUAACAGGACGUAAACAGCGCCGGGGAGAUCAGCUGAAGGCAACCGGUUCACAGUAGUGGGUGUCAGAGCUCAGACCCCUCCGAUGUUCGGGGACUCCGUAGACAUGGCCGGCGAAGAGACGGCGACCCCCGGACCGUCAGUGGACUCCGAGGACCAGCAGGAGAGGAUCCAAGCGCGGAGGCUCCGCAUCACAGCCAGGAUAGAGGCCAAACGGCGGGAGGCUCUGGGCGAGGACCCCAGCUCCGUACUGGAACAUAAAGAGACGCCGCGCAGGAGCUACAAGCAGGUAGAAGACAGCAGACAGAGACUGAGCAAACUGGUGACCGAUGGGACGCAGCUGGUGACGAACAUCCAGGUAGCGGCUGAUGGCAGAGAGAUGCAGCGACGGGCGGAGGAGGAGGAGCUGAGGAGGAGGAGGGUGGAGAAAAUUGACAAUGAGGCCAAGAGCAGUUUUGAGAAAUUUGAAGACAUCACCGAGAAGUGGCUGCGGAGCGGUGAGAGGAGGAUCGCGCAGGAGCUGUGGACAUUGCUGAACUCGCAGCAGCAGCACUGCGGCCAGCUGAUCGAGGAGAAGAACGGCCUGAUCGGGGAGCUGCAGCAGGAGCUGAAGAGGAAGGACGACCAGUACGUGAAGGACCUGAAGAAGCAGGGCGAGGACAUCAGCCUGCUGAUCGAGAGGAUGGAGGAGCAGGUCAGGAGCCUGGGCAAGACGUACCGCGAGGAGCUGCUGCAGACCGAGAAAGCAUUUGAGCAGGAGCGACGAGAGCUUCUAAGUAAGAGUCAGAAGAAGUGGGAGCAGAGAACGGAGCAGAGAUGCGAGCAGGAGCUGCAGGGCCUCAUGAACAGGAUGAAGAAGGUGGAGGAGUACGAGCAGCAGUUGAACCGGCUCCGGGUGCAGGACGGCGAGGAAUACAACAUGAUCAAGAUAAAGCUGGAGACAGAAGUGCAGAUCCUCCAGCAGCAGCUGCAGCAGAUGAAGGCCACGUACCAGCUGAAUCAGGAGAAGCUGGAGUACAACUUCCAGGUGCUGAAGAAGAGGGACGAGGAGAACACCAUCACCAAGUCCCAGCAGAAGAGGAAGAUCACACGAUUGCAGGACGUCCUGAACAACCUCAAGAUAAAGCUGGAGAAACAAAUCAAACAGUGCAAAGAGGAGAACCAGGCCCUGACCGACGACUUCAGGAGGAUCGCUGAGCAGUACAAAGAGCUGCAGAAGAAAAUGAGGCAUUUUGCAGCUGUGGACGCAAAGAAGUUCCAUGACAUCUGGGUGAUGAACGAGGAGGAGAUGAAGCAGCUGGUGCAAAAGGUACUGGAGGUCGACCGCAUCAUACACGAACAGCAGCUGGGACUGCCAUGGACGGCACCGGACCUGUGGUUCAUGGAUAACAUUGGGCCACUGGUGGUGAAAGCCAAGGAACAGAAGACAGCCAGCAUGCUGGCCAAGGAAGUGAUGAGAGUGUCAGGGGGCAGCCAUGAUCCAGUGGCACCUGAUGACCAGGGACCCUCCGAUCCUUCUCAGCCGUUUUCUCCUCGGACGGUGAAGCAGAUUCUGGAAGUUCUGUGUGACGAGUCUGGAUUCCUGAUAGAGAAUAAACUGGUGCAGCUGCUGUCUCCGCUGGAAAAAGACGAGCGCUCCCUCAUACGACUGGACACCAUAUUUGGGGCUCUUCAGAUAGAAGUGGAAGACGACGUCUACAAACUUGUGGACUUUUUCCUGAAGUACAGACAGCAGCAAGGACAACCUCUACAGGGUGAUAACCUAGGACCUGAAGAGUCAGAUAAGAGCCAUCUCCAGACAUUCCACCCAUAUGACCUCAUACACCCUAAUGAUGUUCUGCGGGCGCUAAGAGCCUUCACCAUGGAGAUCCAUCACCAAAGGGAGAAGCCACACUUGAGACUGAUGGGGACAGAAGAGCGGGACACCAGCGAGGAUGCCGCCUACUGGAGCACAGCCGCACAGGUCAUCCCGCCAUCACGGCUCAAGGCCUGGGACGCCCUGGAAUCCGCCAUGGAGAUGUAUUACGACGUCCUGACCAGUCGAUCCCAAUUGAUUACCGAAACGUCCGCUCUGAGACAGCAGAACACAGAACUGAGAAUGUUACUACAUCAGUACCUCAACUCCACGAUCAAUGCAGAACUGGAGAUUCCACCCACCCAGAUCCUGCAGGUGGACAUGGUCCACCCCUGACCCUGGGACCUGAAGGUGGUUGAUAUACGACUGACCCACAGCUGAUAAUAAGCAGGUUAUACACUGGACUCUCGCCUUUUUGUCCUCUUUUGUCUGACCAAUAAAACUGGUGUUUGGACCAUG